AUGGAUGUCGUAUACGUAGAAGCCAUCGAGCUAUCCGCCACCAUCGGCCCAGAUUGGUGGGGUCGUGUUCGUCCACAGCCGAUCUCCGUGAGCGUAUACCUGCACCUCAAACCUUCACAUCUCGAUCUCGCGGGCACCACAGACGAUGUCGCUGAUUCCAUCCACUACGGACAUCUUUGCAAAAGCAUCACCGCCCUCGCGCAGGACCCACAGGCGUCGUUCGCGAGCGCACAUGACCUGGCUAGACAGGUAGCGGAGGCUGCCAUACGCUUCGCGGGCGACGUCGUGACCUACGUACGCGUUGUUAUCGGAUCUUCAAAGCUCAUUCCUCUGGCGUUGACGUUCGAACUGGAGAUGGUGGUACACAAUCUUCCGCCAUCCGCGUCGGAAAAUGCGUUUCCUGCUGGGAAUGUACGAGUCCGCGUCAACGGCCUCACAUUGGCCACUAUAAUCGGCGUGAACCCACCCGAAAGGGAGGCGAAGCAGCGAGUGAUCACGAACAUCACGAUUGUCGAGAAGGACGACGCCACGAAGUCUCCAGAUUACCAGCAAUUGAUAUCCCGGAUUGCCAAGGACAUAGAAGCCUCCUCAUAUCUGACCCUGGAGAAGUUCGUGUACGAGAUCGUCCGUACUGCCUGUCUCUCGUCACAGGCAGUGGAUACGGUCACGGUGCACGCGGAGAAACCGAGCGCACUCUCCUUUGCAAGCGUGUCUGGGGUACAAAUAACACGACCGAGAGACGCAUUCCUCGCGUCAACAAGCUCCGUCACGAACUCGAAAGCCAUCCCUGCUACGUAG